AUGAGAUCAUUUGUUUAUAUAUCAUUGGUGCUUAUGGUGGCCACAAUAGUUUUUUGCGUAAAAUUUCUACAAGUUUCCGAGAAGUCAUUCACGAAGAAAUCAUCGGAGAAAUCAACUGUAUAUAUAGAUGUUGGUGCAAAUAGGGGUGACACGCUUCGACUAUUCUACAAAGAACGCAUGAAGUCAACGAACCAGAAAGAGUUUAAAAUUCCGUAUGAGUAUGACCCAACGGAAUGGAAGGUAUUUGCAUUUGAAGCCGACCCAAUACACUCUAAUGAGUUAUUGGAACUGAGAAAGAAAUACCACUUCCAGCUUUACAAUGAGACAGCUGUUUGGAUAAACACUGAUGGGAUCACAUUGUACCCUGAUCGACAAGCUGAAACGAAGGGUUAUUGGGGGAGCUCCAUCUCAAAAACUAAAAAAGACGUGGAUAACCUUUCUCCCAUCAACGUUAAGAGUAUAGAUUUCAGUAAAUGGCUAGGCGAUCACGUGACUCCCGAUGAUUUCGUAGUAAUGAAAAUGAACAUCGAGGGAGCGGAGUUUGAAUCAAGAUUAGAAAAUCCAGAAAUAGAUCAGAAAGUGUUAGAGCCAUUUUGCGCUGUCGAUAUAUUAUAUCAAAACAACAGAUAA